AGUAUUUUGAGAAUACCAAUUUACGUUAAGGUUAUUAUCCAGGAUGGCUCCAGUAUCUAAUGAGGGUAUGGUUAGCAGAGAACCACCAGAUAUUGAAAACCUCCUUCAUCUAAACCCAAAGAUUAAACCCUACGCAAACGCUGUUCCUUCUGCAGUAACAAAAAAGGCUAAGAAGCACUGGAAGCGUAAUGAGGAUAAAGCAGAAAACUUGUCUUGUUCGUCGUGUGACCCUCUUUACAAAAACUUUGAAGAUAUCAAGCACACUACUCUAAGCGAGAGAGGAGCACUGAGGGAGGCGGCCAGGUGCUUGAAGUGCGCGGAUGCCCCGUGUCAGAAGAGCUGUCCAACCCAGCUUGAUGUAAAGAGCUUUAUUGGUUCUAUUGCAACCAAAAACUAUUAUGGAGCGGCUAAGGUAAAAGUAUUCAUCAAUAUCAAAUCAGAAAUCGAAUUUUCUGGCUGAACUGUCUACCACCGG